GGCAAAAGUUGCUAAUAGGGGACUCAACUUUCAGAAGUAGCAAAUUGGGUACUAAACUAUGAGAUAGUACUUGCAGGAGAGAAUAUUCCGGCCACUUAACCUAUACCAACAGGUUGUAACAGGUUUAUCCAAAAUAAAAAAAACCAAUACCCUUUUAUCAUUCAACUUCCUCCACACAAGUCAUCACUAAACCUUUAUCAAAAUUCUCCAAAAUCUCACUUAAAUCACCUCGCAAUUACCAAAGAUACCCAACAAAAUUACUCCUAAUAGUCGUAAUUACAGUAUGAGCAUUUCGCCCGAGGCGAAAACUGUGUGGUUUCGACGAAAAUCUAGACUCAAAUACAAGUUCAAGAAUCAACAACAAAGCCUCCAUAACAACACGGUCUUGAAACGGUAGGUAAUUAACUAGAACUCAGCUUCAUCAACAUUGGUUUAGAGGUAAUUUCAAUAAUGGGUUUUCAAUUAGACCAUACGAGUAUAGUACAAUUUAGUUUUCCUAUUUCAUUGAAAUUGACCUUUAACAAAGCAUUACGAUGCGAUAGAAGAUGAUGCAAUGUCUACGAGUGAGUAGCGCUGGAGUUAGGAAAUGAAUAGUAAAUGCUUAACAGAACACUGGUAUGCUAAAACUCGGGUAUCAAAUUUGUAAAGAAAGCAUGUAAGAUUAGAUAAAGGCUGGAGUUGAAAAGGAUUUUACCCAGAUUUAUGAGCAAAUUUGGUAAAUUUGGCAAAAAAAAAAAACCACAAUUAAUUUGAACUAAUUGAAUACAACAUAACUUGUUUUUUUUUUUUUUUUUUUUUUUGUGAAUAAAUGUGGUUAAUUUUGCAUUCAAGAAUUAGUUAUUUUGUAAAGCUGAAAAAAAAAAUAAUGAACUAAUCCUUAUCAUUUUAAUCUGAACUAAUUCUUGACAUUGUAAUUUCUCAUUCUUGAUAGUAUAUGGAUUAUUUUGGAUCAUAUAAGUCAACUUUCCAUUAAAAUCCUUUGUAUAAAAUAAAUCUGAUCUACCAGACUACCACAACUUCAUCUUAGACUUUAAGGUAUUUGAAAAAAAAAAGAAUUAGUUUUUUUUACAGCUAAUAAAAAUUAGUUAUUAAAUUUCUUGUAUAACCUGCUACAACAGGUAAAACAAGUCGAGUACAAAGUUUAGCACUCAAUUUGCAACAAGUGAAAGAUGAGUGCUCAAUCUGCAAUAAAUAGCAAAGUUUAGUACUUAGUUUUAUACUUUACUUAAAAAACAAAGGAAGUAUAAGUCUUGCUCUAAUCCGCACCAAUCACCUCAUGCAGUAAUUAUCGACCCACAUUAAUUGCAUCCGUAUAAGCCACAUCACCGUCAUACCACCGAUCGACUGGUCUAUCGUUAUGUCAUCAAAAGAUAUUAUACUCCACAUAUAUAAUUAUGUUGGUCGUUUCCUUGAAUUUUGGGAUGUUUAAAAGUUUUAUUUUUAAGUUUAUUAUCACUUUUAUUAUUUAGGAAUUGAUGAGCUUUAGUGAAAUGGUGACGAUUUAAAUUAUGUAGUAUGUAAUGGCUAAAAAUAAUAUGGUGAAAAUGUUGGAUUAAAUUUUUUUAAAAAAUAGCAAAGUAAACUUGAAAAUUCAAAAUUUUUAAACACAAGCCAAAAAAAAUUAUUCUAAACUCGUUGAGUUGAUCCAAACUCGAAACUUUUAGUUAAGAUUGAGCAUUUCUCAACCCGUAACCCGACCCAAAAUAACCCGUGAUCUGAAGCGACCCGACCCGACUGACAAGUUUACCUCUUGUCCUCUUCGUAAUCAAACAUAAACAUCAAUCCACGUGGCUCCCUGCUGCAAUGUUGUCCAAUCAACUUAUAACGUAUGAUUACACUCAUAUUUCCACUUAUCGUCCUUGAACAGAAAAAACUCAUGAUUUCUUUUUCCUUCCUUUCCUAAAAUAAAAACAAAAACCCCCAAAAUUGCCCAGAAAUUCAACAAUGGCUGAAAUUGCAGUAAUCCCUAAUCACAAAUUUCCAGGUAUAAUUCACAUUAAUGCUCAAUUUAGUGAAAAACAAGGAAGCAGGGCAUUUCUACCGUGCCAUGCAGUCAGCAUAUUCAAGUCACAGCAGCCAAUCAGAUUCAAGUGCCAGGCUGUGAAUCAACGCCCUUCAACUUACACUUCCCGGAAUUCCACAGAUAUUCCCUUUUACGAAACUCCUGGGGCUACAUUUGAUCAGUAUUUAGAGGAUAAACCCAGAGUUUUUAGAGCAAUUUUUCCGGAUAAAAAAAGAUGCCAACAAAUUAGUGAGGGAGAAUGGAGAGUACACAUGCUACCCAUACAGUUUUUCUUCUUUACUGUAUCACCUGUUGUAGAUAUGAGGUUAAGGUGUAAAACAAACGGCAAAGAUUAUCCAUCAGGGAUUCCACCUGUCAUCUCUAAAGUUCUUGAGCUUGACAUUGUGAGAUGGGAGCUUCAAGGGCUAGAUAAUGUGGUGGAACCAGAUCAGUUUAGUCUCAGUGUAAAUGGAAUUUUAUAUUCAGAUAGACGAGGGGUAAGAAGCAGAUUGAAGGGUCAAUUGGAGAUGAAAAUAAGUCUUAUUCUCCCACCAGUUCUCGCCGUGGUCCCUGAAGAUGUCCUCCGAGGUGUCUCAGAAGCAGUGCUCAGGGGACUUGUUGAGAACAUGAAAGACAAGGUCAACAGCAAUUUGAUAACUGAUUACAGUAAAUUCCGCAGAGAGCAACAAUUGAACCGAGUCUAGCUUGUAGAACUGAGAAAAGAUAUCACUGUGUGAAGUGGACAAUCUGGGAAAGUACCAGCUUUGUGAAUUGUAGAUUAACCCCUCCCCUUGUUUUCUUUUUUUAAUUUCGAGUUUUGUAAAGCAGAAUGAGUUCCAGUAUGUGUAAGAGUUGAAUAUCAAAUUCAUUUAAGCACGGAUGAUAUCUUUUAUAUUGGCAAUUAUCCUCCCCAAUAGUAUCUGGUGUUUAAACAUGUUCAAGGCUUCCUGUAUUAUAAUUUCACUAAUCAUGCUACAAUGUGAUGCAGACAAUUUUGGU